AUAAACAUUGUUUUGUUCGUAUUUUAUAUCUGUAUUGAUAGCAUGAAUAGAUCGGAAUCUAGUUUGAACAUAACUUCAUAUUGCUAUUUAUAUCAACAUAUUACACUGUCUUCAGAUUUUUCAACAUGAUACGUAAAGUUAAUUAGUAAUUUUUUAGGCUUACAUUAUUCAAUAAUGCUAUAGUGGAUAAUUUUAAACAGUAGAUAGGGCAGCGCGAGACCGCACGCGCUCAUUUGAAAGGAACUUCCAUAAAGCAGACGGUAUUGGUAAAAUGAGGGAAAGCAACGUGAAAAUAAACUAAGUUAAGUUGAAAAUCACUGAAGUGAUCACGCUAUCAAAGCGAGAGUAGAGUUGUAUUUUAAAAUACAUUUUGGUUUAUACAUAAGAUUAUGUUGUGGUAAUGAAUUUCACAACUAGUAAAUUUUAUGUUUAAAUUUGUUUAAAUGUGAUUUAUAUACGAGAGAAAUGGAAUAUUUUCAAACUAGCUGAGUAGAAUUGAAAUGAGGAUAAACAACGCGAGAUAUUUCUUUUUUUUUAAACUACAGUGUUAAGGUGUUGUAGAGUGGGUAUUUUUCGACAAAAAAGAAGGGGAUUUCGGAUUUUGAUCCGAUCGCGUUUGAAACUAUACAUGUUGAUAAGUUAUUGGGAUAUGAGUUUAGAUUAGAUAACUGAUUAACGAGGUAAGAAAGUCAAUUAGUGACAACUUUAUCAAUUAAAUUGUAUUUAAAUGAGUUAAUUUAUUUUACGUUGCGGAUGCUUGUCACUAGUAUUUUAGUUUUGGUAUUUUAGAGCUAAACCAUACUUGCGUGGUAUUUUUUUAUCUUAGAACUAAACAGUUACGUGAAGGCGAAUAAAUUACGGGAUACCCUACUGUUCUUAUGUGACGGAAGAUAACAUUGCUAAUUCAAAAGAUAAAAGGGUUAGACUUGUAAUCUAUUCCUAGAAGGUGAAAGUGACAUUUGCUAUAAACUUCUUUCAAGUGUAUUUUUUAUACAUGGAUAAAACAUCAAGAGUUCACUAUUGAGGUCUACACAAAGUUAUGGUGAAAAGUGUCUGUUCAUGUCAUCAAUUAAAAAGGAAGAUACAUAAAAAGAUACAGCAGUAUGGCUUGGGAUUUAAACCCUCUACCAACUACCCUAAUUUUAACUGCUAUUACGGUUAUUCAACAUGGACUUGGUCAAGAAUUACAGCAUGGCAUGCCAAACGUGUGUAAAUAUCAAGAAGUUAGCAUGGAUUUAGUGCGAGUUCCUUGUGUUCAAGCGUUUACCAGAAUGGUGAAAGUAUGGAAGCCAAAUUGUAGUUAUAACAAACAUUGGUGUAUAGGAUACGAGAGAAGACAAUAUUACUAUACAACUUACAAAGAUCAGUAUCAGCCGAGAUAUAUAACAAAAUAUAAAUGUUGUCAUGGAUGGAGACAGCAGGGAAGUGAACCAUCGUGCAUGUACCGGGAAUGCAAUAGAGCUUUAUGUUUAAAUGGAGGAAACUGCAUGUCAUCAUAUGGUCAAAGAUGUAUUUGCCCUGCUGGAUUUCAAGGUGGCCGAUGCGAAUACGAUAUUAACGAAUGCACAAAUAACAAUGGCGGUUGUGAACAAGAAUGCUGUAACACCAUCGGUUCAUUUAUAUGUAAAUGCAAGCGUGGCUUUCAAUUAUCACGUGACGGAAGAUCAUGUGAAGAUGUUAACGAGUGUCUUUCAUAUAAUGGUGGAUGUCAACAUCAAUGUGUAAACACACGUGGGGGCUACAGGUGUCAGUGUCCAAGUGGUCAACGUUUACAUGCAGAUCGCCGAACGUGUAUAAACGGUAGUGAUGUUGCACGGAUAGACGAGGAACUGCGUACUAACAGCAUACCUCUGAAUACUAACUUUAACAAUAACAAACAAGAUGCCAAUAAAAUUGUUCUUCAAUAUAAAGAUAAACCAUCAAAUUUUAUAGACAAUAAUACAGAACUGCCCAAACACAAUCAAAAGGCACACACUUUCCAUUCUCAAAAUCAAAAAAAUAACGAAUACUCUAAAUUACAUAACACUGAAGAGAUAGCCGCCGAUAAACCACUGGCCAUGAUGUUGACCAAUAGAAGAAAACCAUUGGCGUACAGUGGAUUAAAUUUUGACUAUGAUCCAUGCACUGCAAGAGAUUCAGGAGAACCCCUCUGUGAACACAAUUGUGUCAAUGAAAAUGGGAUAGCGUCUUGUAGAUGUUUUCUUGGCUACCAGUUGAAUUCUAAUAGAAAGAGCUGUGACGAUAUAAAUGAGUGUGACAGUAACAACGGCGAUUGUACACAGGCGUGCAUCAACACGGCUGGCUCUUUUACAUGUACGUGUACUCCAGGAUACCAACUCGGGGUAGAUGGUCGGUCCUGCUACCGGAUAGAAUUAGAGGUCAUUGACGGAUGUGCUGUUAACAAUGGCGGUUGUCAACAUAAAUGCAAACAUAAAAACGGACACACGCAAUGCUUCUGUCGGAAAGGGUAUUCAUUAAAGGCAGAUAACAAAACAUGUGAAGAUGUAGACGAGUGUGAACGAGGAGAAGCAUGUUGUCAACACAUCUGUGCUAAUGAACAUGGGGGCUACACAUGCAUGUGCAAUAGCGGAUUCAAAAUACACCGGAACGGAUGUCUAUGUAUAGACGUGGACGAAUGUCAGGCAAAUAACGGUGGUUGUGAGCAGCGAUGUGAAAAUACCCCAGGUUCGUACGGGUGCGCUUGUGAGGCUGGAUUCUACCUUGCUACAGACAAGAAACGUUGUCACGAGUUAGUAAGUGGAUCAAGUGAGGGUAGAUUACGUGGAGACCUUCCAGUUAUACAGUAUGACACGACGCCUAUACCUAUAUUACCAGAUGCUACUUAUGAUAUUCAGUUACCACAUGAACAAAAAGACCAGAAACCAGUUUAUG